GCCAGUUACAGUUGAGAUUGAUCUGCAUUUCAGGCUCACGUGCCAAUCUGACGCGCCCUUUGAUCAUUUAUCACCAUGUACGAUUUAAAAGUGAGCUCAAGUGGUACCAAAUUAUUCUUCAAUCUCAGAUAAGUUGAAUCAUCAAAACCCCAAGUUCGAAGACAUGGCACGCCCAGAGAGCAUAGAGGGAGGUUGCCUUUGUGGAGCAAUUAGAUUCAAGGUCACAUUUCCGCAGGAGGAGGAUUGGCCUCCACAGGGCAACGGCGUCUGCCAAUGUACAAUGUGCCGCAAACACGGAGGAAGCGUAUUACCGCAGAAUGUAGCCUUCCCCAGGUCAAACGUGUCACCGCCUUUGGAGGCAAAUGCUACCUAUAAGAAAUAUCAGUCGUCCACACAUUGCUCACGGGGUUUCUGUAGCACCUGUGGAAGCGCUUUGACGUUUGACGAGCAUGGAUCCAAUACGAUCGAAAUCAAUAUUGGAGCAUUCGAUGAGGAAGUACUUUGUGGACGGCGAGACGAGGCAAAUGCAUGGGAGGACGGGUAUGGUCGUCAUGUGCCAAGGGUUGGAGGUGUAGGAAAGGAACUUUGUUACCCAAAGUACCACAUUUAUGUGGAGAACGCGAUUCCGGGGGUAACAGAUGAUUUCCCUGGACCAAAAUAUCUACUGGGGAGAGAGGGUGGCAAGGCGUUUACAGAGAAGCCGCCAGAGCGAAAGUAGCAUACUUGAUGACUCCUAUGUAGUGUCUUCCG